AUGACAGAUCCACAAAAGGAUAUUUAUCUUUGGAUCCUAUGGUAUAUCUGGAAAGCAAGAAAUGACAAGAUUUUUAACGGGAUAGAAAUCUCCCCGUUAGACACCUUAGUCCAUGCAAAGAUUGAAGCAGAAAGCUGGCGGAAUGCAAACAAGUCGGAAGCAGAGGAGGACGCAUUUGACGAGACAAACCCUAAUUCCCUACUUCCGAUAUCGCCACCUGAUACCCUGAGGUUCCCGAUCUGCCAGGUUGAUGCCUCUUGGAUAGCGAAUGGGCUGGUUAGUGGGCUCGGAUGGAGUCUGAAGAAGGAGAGGAGCGGGGAGAUUUAUGGACUCCAAGGCUGUCGUAGAAGCAUCUCGGCAUUACACGCCGAAUUGGAGAACCUCUUAUGGGCAAUGUCUUGCGUGAGAAACAAACAGAUCCUAUCAGUUCACUUUCAGACCGACUGCUUGGAUCUGGUUAACAUGGCAGAAUCGUCAUCUGAUUGGUCUUCUUUCCUCUCAGAAUUGAAAAUCUUCCGGUCUUUACGUGAGAGCUUUCUGGAUUUCACUAUUUCUCAUAUUCCCAGGAGUUCAAAUGUCCGAGCGGAUAGUCUGGCGAAAGGAGCUCGAGCUAAAGGCAUUAUAUUCUCCCAAAUCAUUUAUAACGAGCCAGUUGCGGGGAGUCUUCUAGACCGUUUCCUAAACGAGUCAAUAGUGAUGUAA